GGCUAGUUUAAGUUCAAGGCAUGAUCAUAUCCAAAACUUUACCCGAAAUUGUGAAGAAAAUCAAUGAGAAGCUGACUUACAAGCUGACUUAAUUUCACCAAGAUGCUCAACCAGAAGUUCUCCCUCAAUCAUAGCGUUUCGAUGGGGCCUACUGAGAUCCCUUCUCAGUCAACAGAGACUAUUAAGAUUCCUACCGCUAACUAUGAGUUUGGUGCAACCUUCAUUGAUCAUCCCAAGUUGAUGUUGUUGGGGAGAAUAUUGACUGAUGGAAGGCUCAAUGCAAGAGUCAAGUGCGACGUCUCUGAAAAUCUCACUCUUAAAGCUAAUGCUCAGCUUACGAAUGAGCCACACAUGUCUCAAGGGAUGGUCAACUUUGAUUACAAGGUCAAUUGCUUUAACCUUCCUAGAUCAUUUUCCCCCGUUUUUGACAUAUAUUGUAUUAGUGUGACUUAAUGGGAGUUUUAUAUACUAACCACAAGAACU